AUGCCCGCGGCUCCAGACCAGCGGAGUGGGAAUAGCGACCGGGCCGGGCAUCCGGUCGGCCGCUCUUGGAUCUCGCUGUGCACCACAGUUUUCUCCACUCGAGCACAAGCUACGGACCGGUCCAUCCGCUCCUUGUGGUCCGCAGCAAUCCAUCUUCUUGUCAUUCUCACUCCGACCACAAUCGUCGGUUCGUACCACUAUCACCGCCGUCGUCGGAACGUCCCAUCGCUCUUCAGGGCAGUCACCGUCACGAGCGUCCCAUCGCAAACCAUCAACACAGGCUUCACCAUGACCGUGGCUACCGACAAGCACCAGGUUGGCAUCGUCAGCCUCGAUGCCGACUUCGACCGUCUGAUUGGCAGCUCGGCUGGCAUGCGAAAGCUGCUCGUCGAUUCCAAAGAUCAGCAGACUUUCCAUGAAGCUGGUGUGUAUCUCUCCAAGCACGACAAGGUCUACCUCUCUUCCAACCGUCUCGAGGAUGCCAAGUAUGGUCAGCGCGCGAUUAUUGUCGGUGUGCCGCUAGGUGCGAUCCCUGUCGCAAGCAACGACGCAGAUCGUUCGCAGGAGCGCAUCUUGGCGCCGCUUUCGGCUGAAGAUCAACAAAAGCUGUGGUCGCAGCUCGAGAUCAUCGAGGAUCUUCCACAACACUUGGCCAUGCCUAACGGUGCCACCAAGUGGGACGACAGCAGCUUGCUCUGGUGCGAGCAGGGCUUGGAUUCACGCAAAGUCGCGUCCACGCUCGUCAUUCACAACGUCGACGGCCACAAAACCCAAUCUGCACUGUCCGAAUUCCAAGGCAAGCCAUUUUCCAGCCUGAACGAUGUCGUCAAGCAUCCUACUACCGGCUGCGUCUUCUUUACCGACCCUGAUUACGGUGUCGAGCAGUCUUUCAAAGACAGCAACAAGCAGUACGCGCCCAACGGUGUCUACGUCUGGAAUCCGGCGACCAGCAAAGUCAAGCUUCUGGACGCAACCAACUACGUCAAGCCAAACGGCGUCACCUUUGUGCCCUGGUCGGCGAAAGAUGGAUCGGGGCUGCUCAUCACCACCGACACUGGUCGUUUCCGAUUCCACCGCAAUGACAAGAUGGGCGACUUUUACGUCGACGACAACGGACCUUCGCUCAUCUACUCGUACCGAGUGCGUGCCGAUUCCGAGUCCAACGAUGGCCUGCCAGCCGUCGACGUCGAGUCAAGACGCGAGUUUGCCCAGUCUACCAGUGGUGUUCCGGACGGAAUCCACGUCGACACCGAGGGCAACGUUUGGGCGGGUCACGGUAACGGCGUCCACGUCUACAAACCCCAGCCCGACGGCUCCGGCAACCUCAUUGGCAAGUUCGUGCUUCCGGGCGACAAGGGUGUUGCCAACUUUUGCUGGGCUGGCAAGACGCCUUCUGGCCAAUACCGACAGCUCCUGUUCGCCGAGGAUGAGCUUUGGGAAGUGUUGAUUGACGUCAAUGGUCACGAUUAG